AUGACCACAAACGGAACAACAACAAGGCCGCGCCCUCUCGUGCCCGGCAUCUACGUGCCAACGGUCGCCUUCUUCAAGGACGACGAGGAGGUCGAUCUCCCCACCGUCGAGAAGCACGCCGCCUACCUCGCUAACGCCGGUGUCACCGGCCUCGUCGUCCAAGGCAGCAACGGCGAAGCCGUCCAUCUCGACCGCGAGGAACGCAAACUCAUUACAGCAGCCACCCGCCGCGCCCUCGAUGCCGCCGGAGUCACAUCCAUGCCGCUCAUCGUCGGCUGCGGUGCAUCCUCCACGCGCGAAACCAUCCAGUUCUGCAAGGACGCCGCCGACGCCGGAGGAGACUACGUCCUUGUCCUGCCCCCUUGCUACUACAAGUCCCUCGUGAGCAACGCCGCCCUCCUCGACUACUUCCGCGACGUCGCCUCCGCCUCCCCGAUCCCCCUCCUCAUCUACAACUUCCCCGGCGCCUCCUCCGGCCUCGACCUCACCUCAGACGACAUCCUAACCCUCGCCAAACACCCCAACAUCGUCGGCGUCAAGCUCACCUGCGGCAACACGGGCAAACUCGCCCGCAUCGCCGCCCAGGCCAAACCAGGCUUCCUGACCUUCGGCGGCUCCGCCGACUUCACUCUCCAGACCCUCAUCGCCGGCGGGGCGGGUAUCAUCGGCGGCGUGGCGAAUCUGAUUCCGCGCUCGUGCGUGCGCCUCAUGGAGCUCUACCGGAGCGGGAAGAUAGCGGAGGCGCAGACGCUGCAGGCGGUCGUCGCGCGCGCGGACUGGCUGGCUAUCAAGGGUGGGUUUGUCGCGGUCAAGAGCGCCCUGCAGUCGUAUCGCGGAUACGGCGCGCUGCCGCGGCGGCCGUGUGUGGCGCCUUCGGCGGAGGAGGCGUCUGCAUUGAAGAAUGCUUUCCAGGAAGGGAUGGAGAUGGAGCGGAGUUUCGAGGUUGCGUAA